AUGGGGAGGGCCGAGGCCGGAUCGCUGAAGGCGAUCUCGAACGCCAUCAAGGCCAAGGGCUUGACCAAGCUACGGUUUUACUGCCAACUCUGUCAGAAAGCUUGUCGCGACGAAAACGGUUACCGUAGUCACCUUGAGUCCGAGGCGCAUUUCCGCCAGGUGGACGCUCUAGCCGCCUCUGGUGGCGCUCAAAAGGUUAUUGACGGGUUCAGCGCUACUUUUCAGAAAGAGUUCGUACAGCUGCUUAGCCGACGCUUUGGCACUCGACGCAUUCGUGCCAACCAAGUCUAUCAAGAGUAUAUCGCCGAUCGCCAUCAUACACAUAUGAAUGCCACUCAAUGGACGAGUCUUUCCGACUUCGUGAAACAUCUCGGACGCGAAGGUGUAGUCCAAGCAGAAGACACCGAUCAAGGAUGGUAUAUCACGUGGAUCGACAACUCUCCUGCUGCUCUCGCAAGGCAAGAUGCAUUGCAGAAGAUGGAGCGGGCCAAGAUGGACGACGAGCAGAGACAGCGUCGCUUGUUGCAAGAACAAAUUGACAGAGCCUCGCAGGUCUCUUCAGCAGCGGUAACUUCCAGCGCAUCUUCUGCCGCUCACAGCCGAGACACACAGAAUUGCGAGGGCCUUCAAAGAACCGGGACCGGCCCUAUCCGUAUUGGUUUAUCUCUCGGGCCUAUUGCCAAAAAAACGGGACCCAAAGCUGAAGAUAUCACAGCAGAAGAAGGUACAUCUGGAUGCAGCUCAACUGUGCCUAUUUCUGGCGUCUCAACAACGACAGUGACCCCUGCAGAAGCUUCUUCGCCGACACCUGCCAAGAUGGGCUUCACCGUGCUCAAAUCCACAUCCAGGCCAGCGAACCCGCUCAAACAGGCGAGUCAAGCGCGCCGGAACGGUCCUCUUAACAGCAUGGCGCAGAUAAGCAGCUCUACAGGCAAAUCUAAACCGCCUAACAGUAUGACGAUGGCAGAAAAGAUUAUGCACGAAGAGCUUGAACGAAAAAAGAGGAAAGCGAACCCAUCGUUGGAACGCUCUACCGGUCCUAAGAUGCAACCAGGCAUGAAACGAAGUCGAUUUUAA